AAUUUUGAUAACUUGCAAAAUUAGCUCACUAUAAAUUCAUUCGGUGAUGAAAGUUUGAAGUUAGUGCUUAGUGGGUUUUAAAAUGGAAAGGCUUUCGUGCCUUCUGUUGGUUCUUUUCGUGUUUCCACACUUGGUUAAAUUAGAGUUGCCACGAUAUUUGCAAGCGAAAUAUGGCAUGAGCGCCUCUCCGAGUCCACACUCCGUGAAAAGCGGUGUGAAGACCAAGACGAAAACCGCCGCCGCCCGCCCCCCGGCCUUCGGCUCAAAGUUCCGCGGAGGAUGCGAUUCCGAACCCCCCAAACCUCAAAAUGCAGGAAUUCGCUGCUCGCAAUACAGCGGUUGUCGCGCUGAUUGCGAAAAUCUCUAUCAAUUUCCUAACGGCGCCACACAGCUAUUUAUCACUUGCGAAAACGGCCAAUGGAUUAUCGAGGGCGGAAUGUGGCCAUACGUGCCUUCCUGCCAACCGAUUUGUGCCCCCCCUUGCCAAAACAGCGGCAUCUGUGUGGCCCCCAACCAGUGCCAGUGCCCCGAGAACUUCUCAGGACCGUACUGCGAGUUCGAGGAGAGGCCCUGCAUGAACUACCCAGUCCUGCCCACGAACUCGCGCCGCUCCUGCUCACACAAGACGUGCACGGUGUCGUGCCUACACGGCCACCAAUUCCCCGAUGGUUCGGCCAUUGCAACCAUUUCGUGCAAAAACGGCUUUUGGGUCCCGGAUAAGGACAAGUGGAAACAAUUACCCGAUUGCCAACCCACCUGUACCCCACCAUGCCUGAACGGGGGUAACUGUCUUUCGUUCAACCGGUGCCAGUGCCCGCAGGACUUUCGAGGGCCCCAAUGCCAAUACCGGACCGAUAAUUGUGACCCUCGCAAACUCCAAUUUAAUGGAGGCUACAACUGCUCCGGCGAUCUCCUAAGUUUCAGCUGCUCCUUACACUGUCCUGAAGGAAUGAAUUUUGAGACGACUCCCUCUUACCUUUAUACUUGUUUGUAUGAAGAAGCCACGUUUAAACCACAACCAAUCCCGCAAUGCGUUUUUCCCGAAGGUGUUUCAGGGACGAUACGACAAACCUCCUCUCAUAAUUAUUACCAAAUAUCGAAUAAUUCCGGCUUCAAUUUAAAAAGUCUUUCGGUGAAUGGUUUACCGGACGUUUCUUAUAUUCCAGCGGGUCAGAGAUGGUCCCCCUAUGACCACGAAAUGUCGGGACAACUCUAUUAUGACAGUUCCAGUGGUCUUAAGUUUGCCACUGUUAGUCCCUACAACCAACAAACCAACUUAAUCUUUGUCCAAGAAAAAUUGCCCGAGCCUGGCAUUUGCCUGACUUGGCAAGGCACUCAUUACAAGACCUUUGACGGAAAAGUCUUCAGUUUUGACUCAAAAUGCGCCCACACUCUCGUGCAGGACUCCACAGACAAUACGUUCAGUGUGGUCGUCCAAAACGACCCACAGUGUUACCAAAACCCUCUAGAUUGUUUCAGAAUCAUUCGCAUUUAUUUCGACAAAAAAGAGUACAUUUUGCGGCGAUCGGCCGAAGGCCCAACUUUCGGAACCUCGAAAAAACGCCUUCCAAUCCCGGGCCAACUCCCGGGAUUGAGGAUCGAAAUGUCCGCCCACUACGUAAUUGUGUCUUUGGACGCCGUUGGUGCGAAAAUAAAAUGGGACGGCUUGCAAUUGGUCCAAGUUGAAGUGUCGGAAAGCCUCUGGAACCGCACUCAGGGCUUGUGCGGGUCCAUAGACGGCGAUGUUUCCAACGAUUUGCUCAAUAAAAACGGCCACAAGCCACAAACAAUCUCCAGUUUCGCCUCAAGCUGGAAAAUCGAGAGUUUGGAGGAGGAGUGCAAUGAUCUCCCGUCGGAAGAACACGCUUGUGUGGAGGACUCGAAGGGGCACCAAGCCACCUCCUUUUGCCAGAAGUUGUUGAACGACCAGAGGUUUGCCCCCUGUCAUGAUGUUAUGGACGUAAAUCUGCUUCUGGAUGCUUGUCGGUGGGACUUUUGCGGGUGCAAAACGGACCCUUCGGUUUGCGCUUGCGAGACUAUGAACGUCUAUGUGAGGGCUUGUGCCUACAAGGGGGUGACGAAUUUGGCGGCGUGGAGGGACGAAAACACGUGUCCAAUGCAAUGCACUGGGGGCAAAAUCUACCAACCCUGCGCCCCCCCCGGCGGCCAGCCCGUGUGCGGCUCCACCACCGAACACAGCGAAGAGGGCUGUGUUGAGGGCUGCUACUGCCCCCCUGGCACGGUCCUGCACGACAACAAGUGCAUAACUCGCGACAAGUGCCCUUGCCGCCUCCGCACCAAGCAGUUCCCCCCCGGAGCCGAAGUGCCCAAAGAGUGCAACACUUGCACCUGCAGCGAGGGCAAGUGGGUCUGCACCCAGCUGUCCUGCGGCUCGCGGUGUGCCGCCGUCGGCGACCCCCACUAUGUCACGUUCGACGGGAAACGCUACGACUUCAUGGGCCAGUGUUCCUACUAUUUGGUCAAAACUGGGACUUUUUCGAUCGAAGCGGAAAACGUCGCCUGCUCAGGGGCCAUUUCGCAGGCGAUGAACUUGCCGACUUCGCUGGCCGAAGGCCUGCCCUCGUGCACCAAAACCGUGACUUUGAGGGCCGAAGGCCAGGUCAUCAAGCUCAAGCAAAACCACGAUGUUGUGGUGAACGGACGGGACGUGGCCAAAGUUCCGUACCAGAUUGGAAAUGUUACUAUAAGGAGCGUUUCGUCGAUUUUUUUGCAAGUUGAGCUGGGGAACGGUAUGCAGGUUUGGUGGGACGGCGUAACGCGGGCCUACAUUGACAUUCCUGCCAAUUUCCCGGAAAAAACCAAAGGACUCUGUGGUACUUUCAACCACAACCAAAAGGACGAUUUCCUCACACCUGAGGACGACAUCGAGCAAAGCGUUACUCCCUUUGCCAAUAAAUGGAAAACGAGCGAGAAAUGUAGCGACAUCCCCGACAUCCUCAAAACCCAUCCUUGCAGCUCCAAUAUCCACAACCAACCAACGGCGGAAAAGCACUGCCAAAGACUCAAAUCCGAGCUUUUCGCCCCUUGCCACUGGAUUGUCGACCCGGAGCCCUACUACCAGGACUGUCUCUACGACAUGUGCUCCUGUGAGUUCAAAAUCUCCAAGUGCUUGUGCCCCACGGUGGCGGCCUACGCCGAGGAGUGUUCCCGGCAAGGGGUGAAAAUCUCCUGGAGGGACAGUGUGAGGGAAUGCGGGGUGCAUUGCCCGGCGGGCCAGAAGUACCAAGUUUGUGGGAACUCGUGCACCAGGACGUGCUUCGACGUGGCCACGAGGCCGGACUGCAGGCCCCAGUGCGUGGAAGGGUGUAACUGUCCCGAGGGCGAAGCCCUGGACGACAUCGGCGAGUGUGUGCCGAUUGGGGAGUGCCAGUGCCACCACGACGGCCUCCAGUUCCACGCUGGAUACAACGAAGUCAGGCCUGCCAGCAAAGGGCCCGAGCUGUGCACUUGCAUAAACGCCGUGUGGAGCUGCCGUUUGGCAACCCCCCAAGAACAGGAAAAAUUUCCCAAAGCAACUGACCUGAAAUCGCUCUGUGCUGCCUCCGAAAACAUGGAAUUCACAACUUGUGAGCCGCCCGAACCGGUCACUUGCAAAAAUAUGCACAGUCCGGACUACUUCACGGCGUCGGUGUGCCAUCCAGGGUGCAAAUGUAAAGACAACUAUGUGCUGGAUACCACGAGUAGGAAGUGUGUCAAGCCGGCCGAAUGUCCCUGCCAUCAUGGAGGAAGGAGUUACAAGGAGAAUGAAACGGUCAAAAACGACUGUAACACUUGUAAAUGCCAAAACGGGAAGUGGAAGUGUACAGACAGGCCCUGUUCUGGCGAAUGCAGUGCUUGGGGGGACUCACAUUUCAAGACUUUUGAUGGGAAACACUAUGAUUUUCAAGGGCAGUGCGACUAUGUGCUGAGUAAGGGGGUUAUUGGGAGCGAUUCGUACGAAAUUUCCAUUCAGAACGUUCCUUGCGGGUCCCUUGGCACCAGCUGCUCCAAAUCGGUCACAAUCCGGGUCAAAUCCGGCGAAGACCAAGACGUCCUCACCCUCACUCGAGACAAACCCUUACCCGACCUAGCCCCCCUAAAACACAUAACAGUACACCAGAAAGGCCUUUUCGUCAUAACCGAAGCCCCAGAUUUGGGACUUACAAUCAAGUGGGACAAAGGCACAAGGGUGUACGUCAAAAUUGACCCUCGCUGGAAGGAAAGGGUGAAGGGUUUGUGUGGCAACUACAACGACAACGACGCCGACGACUUCCAAACACCUUCGGGAGGUUUGGCUGAAGCCUCGGCGAAAAUUUUCGGAGACUCGUGGAAACUCCAGUCUUACUGUCCCGAAGCUUUGGAAAUUACAAACACUUGCGAGGACCGACCGGACCGAAAAGUCUGGGCAUUGAAACAGUGCGGGGUUUUGAAGUCGCCCCUUUUCGCCCCUUGUCAUUCCGAAGUCCCAGUGGACAUAUUUCUGGAAAAGUGCGUUUUUGAUUCAUGUGCGUGCGACCAAGGGGGCGAUUGCGAGUGUUUGUGCACAGCUUUGGCGGCCUACGCCCAAGAAUGCAACACGCACGGGGUCCCGAUUAAGUGGCGAUCGCAAAAACUGUGUCCAAUGCAGUGCGACACACGCUGCUCCAACUACAACCCGUGUGUGUCCACUUGCCCCAUUGAAACCUGCGAUAACCUCCUGACCCAAGUGGGCAAGAACUGCAAAGAGGAGACUUGUAUCGAGGGCUGUGAGGCCAAGCCGUGUCCUCCCGACCACAUCUACGCCAAUUCAUCGAUGUUCGAAUGCGUUCCGCGGAACGUCUGCAAACCGAUUUGUGCGGAAAUCGACGGAGUGACGUAUUUUGAGGGAGAUUUGGUCGAAGGGGACGAAUGUUACAGUUGUUUUUGCUCCCGAGGGCAGAAAGUGUGCAAGGGACAACCCUGUUCGACCACACCAUUACCAACAACGCACCAAUUGGAACAAAAUAUGAAGUGUGAGUCUGGAUGGAGUCAGUGGAUCAAUCAGGAUAAGGUCAAGCCGACCAAAACCGGACUAAGGAAGAAACAAAGUGAUUACGAACCGCUACCAACUCUCCUACUUCUGAAUAACUUGGAAGGCGGUAAGUGCAGUCAGGACAAAAUGGUUGGUAUUGAAUGCCGAACUGUAAAGACUCAUCUGACGCCCAAACAAACCGGUCUUGAUGUUGAAUGUAGUCUGGAAAAGGGCCUAAUUUGUAAAUCCCCGACUAAGGGAAAGCUGUGUCAAGAUUUCGAAAUCCGGGUCCUCUGUCAAUGCGAAGAGGCGACCACGACUGUUGUCACACCUUGCGACCCGGUCAAACCGCACAAGGAACACCCAACCAACUGCCACAUUUUCUACCACUGUGAGGAUGGUCCCACUGGUCCCAAAUACGUGGAAAAGACAUGUGGGCCUAGCAUGUACUACAACCCGGUCACAAUGAUUUGUGACUGGCCUUACGCUGUCGAAGAGAUCAAGCCGGAGUGCAAACAACCGGAAACUGUGACUGUGGAGGUGGAACCGGAAGCAGAAAUGGAGCUUCCGGAAAAUAAAACACACCAAAAUCUGGAGGAAUCACAAGUUUUGCCAGUUACUGUUCAAAAAUGCCCUCCUGGCAGUCAGGAACACGAAUGUGCCAUACAGUGUGACCAUCUGUGUCUUUACUACGCUCACGUGAUUAAAACAAGCGGGAAAUGCCAAAGUGGCGAAAAGUGUGAACCUGGAUGUGUACGAAACGAGAAAAAUGUAACAUGCCCUGAGGGCAUGUUUUGGUCAAGUGAGGACAGUUGUGUGUCUUUGGGCGAUUGCUUGUGUCGCUCAAAUGACGGGAAACCGGUCAAACCUGGAACCGUGUACAGGGAGUCAGAUUGUCGCGUCUGCCAAUGUAUCAACAAUUACUACACGUGCGACGAAUCCGAAUGUGAAGGAAAAGAGGAAGGAAGAUUACUAGAAUCGCAACUUACGCAUUAUAACGGGAAAGAAGUUAAAGUAGAGUUGGCUACAACUAUUCUACCACUAGUCCCAAGCACAGUAACACCACCCGAAAAAUGUGACCAGGACCACUUCAUUGACCUAAUCCAAGGCGAUCAAGCCCUUCCGGACGUUACUUUCAACGCUAGUAGUGUCCUUAGCUCGGCGUUUAGGCCCGAAUUUGCCAAAUUCAACAGCAAAGUGGGAGCGAAAAGCGGCGGGAGUUGGGCGCCGGAGUAUUCGAACAACUUGCAAUUUUUGGAAAUUAAUUUGGGGCAACAGGAACCGGUCUAUGGGGUUAAAGUGAAAGGAAGCCCGCUUUAUGACGAGUACGUCACGAGCUACAAAAUGACGUACAGUCCCGACUUGAGUGGACACUUCUUCCCGGUGUUGAACAAAGACCGGCUACCUCAAGUUUUUAGGGGUUCGAUUGAUGCCAAUACCCCGGUUCAGGAACUGUUCGAUGUUCCGUUUGAGGCCCAAGUUGUGAGAAUCCAUCCCGAGACGUGGCACACGGGCAUAGCCCUAAGGGUUGAGCUGAUUGGGUGUGGGGAGCCCUUGACGACCACUGUGCUCUAUGAGUUUAUCACGAUUCAUGCUGCAACGUCCCCGAAACCGAUGUGUGACGAUCCCAUGGGUUUGGAUGACCAGAUGAUGUCGGAUCAGCAAGUUACUGUAAGCUCGGAACUGGAUAACAAUCACACUAAAGCAAACUUGAGGGUAAAUGGUGAUGAUGUGUGGCAACCUUUGACGAACUCUGUGACUGAAUUUGUUCAAUUUGAUUUUUUGGAACCACGAAAUGUAACAGGUGUUGAGACGAAAGGAGGUCCUAAUGGGUGGGUUACAGCUUACACUGUUCAAUAUUCACACGACAAUAAAGCUUGGAACCCGAUUUUGGAUAAGAAGACGAUGAAAGAGAAAACUUUUUUGGGGAAUUUCGAUUCCAACACUCCACAAAUCAAUAAUUUUGAACUGCCGAUUAAUGCAAGGUAUGUCCAGUUGGUGCCGAAGAAAUGGAAUGAGAAUAUACAGAUGAGGGUCGAGAUGCAUGGAUGUUUUGAGCCUUAUCCUACCCUCCCAGAAGAACCAUCCACCGUCAUCCCCCCAGCCUGCAGCUACUGCCCUGGCGUAACCACCGAACCCCUCGAACUGCACGCUUGCAGAUGCAAGCCUGAGAAGUGGUGGGACGGCGAAAACUGCGUCUCUCGCACCGAAUGUCCUUGCAUCAUCGGCCACAUUUCCUACCCCGUUGGGACCUCCUUCAAAAAAGAGGACUGCUCGGAGUGCCUCUGCAAAAUCGGCGGUGUGCCCCACUGUACCCCCAAACAAUGCGAGACGUGCGAAAAAGGCCUCAGAAGCACCGUCACCUCGACUUGCAAAUGCACUUGUCAGCCGUGCCCCGACGACACCAUUCUGUGCCCCACAAGCAGCGUCUGCAUCAACGCGACUUUGUGGUGCAACGGCGUCCAGGACUGUCCAGAUGAUGAAGUUGGGUGUCCCACAACCGUCCAAACCACCACAACGCCAAAACCCACCACUGUGGUCACCCAAAAACCUGUGGUUAAAUGCCCAGAGCUUGAGUGCCCCACAGGGUUCAAAAGACACGUCAAACGGCCGAGCAAAGGCCGCAAGUACCAGUCGUCAAUGUUUUCGAAUUAUCAGUCUCAUCGUAAAACAUCGAAGAGUUAUGCCGGAGUCAAGAGUGGACUCAAGACAACUUAUCGCAAAACACCUUUGAAGAAACCAAUUCGGCCACAAAAUGUAAAUAAUUGUACCGAAUACGUGUGUGUUUCAGCGAAGCCGGCCCCCAAAUACAUGCAUUCGAAAAAAGAGUGCCCCCCUGCCAUGUGCCCAGAAGGCUAUGUCCCAUUUUUCGGAAACGAAGAUUUUGUUAUGAAUCAAUGUCCCGAGUACACUUGCGAGCUAGCGCCGAAACCAGACGCUGUCUGUAAUGUUACAGGACGCACUUUCAACACUUUCGACAACACUGAGUACAAGUACGAUGUUUGUAACCACAUUCUGGCCCGAGAUUUGGAAAACGACGAGUGGGAAGUGACUCUUCGCAAAAAUUGUGUUGACAAAUGUUGGAGGGACCUUAUAAUACAACAUCGGGACCACUUGUUCGUGCUUCACCCGAAUCUAACGGCUGAAUAUGACGGUUUUUCGUACACUGUCGAACAGACGAAAAAAAUUGGAUCCAACACGAAAUCAUUCGCUUUGUCGCGGCUCGGUAAUACUAUACUUUUUGUCUCAAAUAGAUACGGCUUUUGGGCCAUUUGGGAUAAGGAAGGGAACGUCAAGUUGGGCGUUACGCGAAAAUUGGUGGAUAAGGUCGAUGGGCUUUGUGGUUACUUCAAUGAGGAUGCGUCUGAUGAUAAGAAAAAACCUGAUGGUAGUUUGGCCCGGACGACGGUCGAUUUUGGCGAUAGCUGGGCACAUGUUGAUCAAUUCCAAAGUUGCGAGCCCCAAACCUGCCCGCUUCACCUCCAAAAGAAGGCCUGGGAGAUUUGCCAAGUCAAGGAACGAGUGUUGGAGCCGUGCACUAGUGUCAUCGACAAAGACUCCUUCAUUUCGCGCUGUGUGGAAACCACCUGCGACUGCCUCCAAGCCGCAGGACCCAACAGCACAGCUUCCGAGGAAUGCCGCUGCCACUCCCUUGAGAAUUUCGUCGUUGAAUGCUUGACCAGAAACCCAAACCUCGACAUAUCCGAUUGGAGAACACUUCUCGAUUGUCCGGCGACUUGUGACGCCCCUCUGGUUUACCACGACUGUUACCAACGCAAAUGCGAACCGACGUGCGAAUCUUUAUCAAAUCCCGAAUUAGCGUGCCCGAAACUCCCCAAUGUGUGCUUCCCUGGCUGUUAUUGCCCCUCAGGGAUGGUCAAGAAAGGGGACACUUGUAUAAGUCCCUCCAACUGUAGGGACUGCGAAUGCAACGUCCUCCCGCACCUCCAAUAUGUGACUUAUGACGAAAGGAACUUCACGAUCAAUGCGAAUUGUGUCUAUGUGAUGUCGCGCGAUGUGGCUGACAAUCACAAGUUUCAAGUUUUGAUCACCAAUGCCCCGUGCAAGAAUAACGAGGAAAAGACGUGUGUUGGCAAAGUCACGAUUUUGUACCAAGGGCACAAAAUCCACGUCCUCAACGAUAUGAUACGAAAUAAACUGAAACUGAUCGUUGAUGGGGAAAAAAUUGACGAUUUCACGGAAAUCACGUGGGGCCAAAUCAGGGAGACUUCAAGUAAACACUUCAAGAUUCAUUUGGUCGAAGUCCAAGUUGAAGUAUCGGUCUAUUACCCCUCUUUGGGGGUUUCGGUAAAAGCGCCCUCGACCAGAUACGGGGGAAAGCUCGAAGGGCUGUGUGGUGAUUGUGACCACAACCCCCUUGAUGAUUUCCGGACCCCUUCCGGGGCUAUAACUAACGACACAAACGACUUUGCCUUGAGCUGGCUCUACGAUAAACUGCCAGGAGGGCAAUCAAGAGAAAUGUGUCAGAACAAACCGGACGAUUGUCCACCAUUGCCCAAAGACCAGGACCCUUGUAAUCUCAUCCUGGACUACAAGACCUUCGGGCAAUGUUUACGUGUCUUGGACCCAAGUCUUUUCCUUGAAUGGUGCCAGAAAGACACGUGUGACAACCACCCAGAACUCGCUUGCAGUGCCAUCGAAGCCUACGCUCGUGACUGUGCAAGUGCUGGCUUUUGUAUCGACUGGAGAACAGAUGUUUGCCCCAAAACCUGUCCUUCCGACAAGAUUUAUAAUCCUUGUGGGAGCAAAUGCCCCAAAACGUGCCAAAGUGUGAAGGAGAAGGAGAAAGGGUGUUCAAAUCUGCCGGUUGAAGGGUGUUUCUGUCCGGAAGGAUUGGUCUUGCGGAACGACACUUGCGUGGAGGAAAAGGACUGCGAGGUGUGUGACGAGGAAGGGCACCAUCCUGGUGACACUUGGAAGAAGGAUAAGUGUACAAGGUGCACCUGCGAAGGCACUUCCAUCAAGUGUGAGACGGAGCAUUGCUCCAGCGACAAGAUUUGUGAGCAAGGGUUCCAAGUUGUGAAAAUCCCGGGCAAAGAGGACGAAUGUUGCGAUAAAUACGCAUGUGUACCUGAGCCCACUUCGGGCCCCACUUGUGAGCCCCCGCAAGUAAUUUCCUGCGGCCCGGGCCAAAUAAUGAAACUCUCGACGAAACCAAACGGUUGUCAGCAAUUCAUCUGCGAAUGCAAACCAGUCGAAGAGUGCGAACCAAUAAACCAAGCGCUUGAGUACCCACUCGACGAAGGCUUCGUCCGAACAAUCGACGAGAGUGGCUGUUGCCCCGAACUAAAAUUAAUCUGCAAGACGGAGACUUGUCCCAAACCGAAAUUUUGCCCACAAUAUCACACUCUCAGGAACGAAACUGGCAAGUGUUGCCCUUGGUACACUUGCGAACCCCCGAAGAACAAAUGCAUCUACGAUUACGAAUACACUUCGGACGAAAACGGGGGCGAACGGCCCCGUACGGCAAUUGAGAAGCAAAAAGUCCUGAAAAAUGCGAACGAGACGUGGAACGACGGUCCCUGCCGUGUUUGCAAGUGUUUGCGGACGAGCAUUGGCAAUUACCAGGCGAGUUGCACCCAAACUGACUGCUCGGCGAUUGAAAUAUCGCAGGAUUAUCUCGAGUAUGAGCUAGAACCGGAGUUUGUCUACGACCAGUGUUGCCCGAACAUCAAACGAGUGGCGUGCAAACACGGCGAAAAAGUGUACAAAGUGGGGCAGAACUGGACCCUUGACCACGAUUUUUGCACGGUUUAUGAGUGCGUUAAUGGCACUUCAGGGGUGCAGAAGGAAACGCAAGUCAAGAGUUGUGACACUGAGUGUGAGCUGGGCUUCGAGUACGUUCCCUCGACGAAGCAAUGUUGCGGUUCUUGCAAGCCGUACGCCUGCGUGGUUGAGGGGGAAGUCCACAAAAUUGGGACCGAGUGGACUUCCAGCGACUUCUGUACGAAAUAUUCGUGCCUCAACACCAACGGCUCGAUUCAAGUACAAUCAACUAGAGUUACAUGUCCGGAGUUGCCAACCGAUUAUAUUGACAAUUUUGUUUUUGAAACAAUCCCGGUAGCCGAGGAAUGUUGCAAGAAACACAAAACCACGGCGUGCAAAGUCGAUGGGAAAGUCUACAAUGUGGGAGAAACCUGGCCAUCGCCUGAUGGAGACAAGUGCAAGAAAAUCGCAUGUGUUAGGAACAAGAAAGGGGAGGUUGUGAAGCAGGAGUCGGUGGAGACGUGCAAAACCAACUGUUCUAAAGGCUGGGAAUACAAAGAGUCUGAGACUUCCUGCUGCGGCGAAUGCGCGCGUGUCGCCUGUGUGGUCGACGAGAGGUUGAAAAAAGCGGGCGAGAGUUGGACUUCCCCCGAUAAUUGUACGACCUACGUUUGCGAGCAAUUCGGCGACGAAUUUAUAGUUUCAAGUCAGCAAGAAUCGUGUCCGUCGCUUGAAGACUGUCCCGAGGAAAACAUUUACAUUAAGGGCUGUUGUAAACAUUGUAACAUUACAUCAGGGUCGCAGCAGCAAUGCAGUGCUGAGGCGAUUCCGCUCAACAAAACCAUUUCGCUGAUAAGCGCGCACAAGUCCGACCACGGCAAAUGCGUUAACAAGAAACACAUUCACAAGUUCACUGAAUGUGUGGGGAGUUGCCACUCGGCCACGUUUUUCGAUACAAAGAAAGGUUCACACGAAAGUGUGUGCUCGUGUUGUCACGCGACCGAUUAUAAGUCAAUUGAAGUCGAACUGGAAUGUGAGGACGGGUACACUUGGAAGAAGAAAGUGGCAGUGCCGUCAGCGUGUGGUUGUGAGGGGUGUGCCGCAGCACACAAGUCCGUAAAACAUAAGAAAACUUUCGGGUUUUGUUAAAUCGUAAUUGAGAUGAUUUAUUUUUGUACGUUUUUUCAUUUCUCUAAUAAAAUGCAAUGAAGAGUA